AUGUCGGCUUUGGGGCGUCUUCUUUUGAUAUUGAGUAUUGUUGUGGCGGCCAGUUUUCUCGGGGAUACAGUCGUAAUCGUUGCACGAGCGUUCAUCGAAGGUCAUUGGUUGUCAACAAUGCUUGCUUACUACGUUGGCGUAUCUUGGUUAGCUUGGGCAAUCAGCAUCGCUUGCCUUUUGGAUAAUACGCACAAGUUCUUUAAAUGGCAUUGGUCUCAGUACGGUUUCUGGAGCGUGGCUAUUGUCUGCGAAACCACGGUCGCAUGGCUUUGGGCAGUAGGCGUUUUCCACCCAAGACCUGGAACCAUAUUUAGCAUUUACGACAAGCUUUUGUUGAUCAUAUUUCUUGCUCGUUAUGUCACUGAAAUUUUCAUCUUCAUCCUUUCGUUGGUGCACAUGUUUACGCAGCCUGUUGAUGUAUCGGAACGUCAAUCGUUAUUGUCCUCAACUGCUACAGCCUACGGUACUAUUCCCAGUCCAUCGGCUACGGGCGCCGCUACUGGAAGCAAAUCCGGUACAGACCAGAAUGCCAGUGCAUUCUCAGGAUUCUUCAAAAAGCUAGGAAGAGUGCUUCCUUUCAUUUGGCCCGAAAAAGACCGCCGUCUUCAAUUCUUCGUCUUUGUCUGCUUUCUCUUGAUGGUCUUUGGACUUGUGAUUAAUAUCUUUACCCCGUUACAAAUCGGUAAUGUGGUUGAUCAGUUGGGCGAAGGUCCAGGUAAAUUUGCGUGGGCGACGGUUCUUGCUUAUGUCGGAUUGAGAUUCCUUCAGGGUGGUUCGGGCCUCAUACAAGCAGCACAAAAUUGGUUAUGGAUUCCCAUUGGACAAUACACAACUCGCGAGAUUUCGAUCAAAAUGUUCAGCCAUCUUCACAGCUUGUCGCUUCAUUUCCAUAUCAAUCGCAAAACCGGUGAAGUACUUCGUGUAAUGGAUCGUGGCACCAACAGUGUGGUUCAGCUCUUGUCACAGAUCGUUUUCCAGGUGUUCCCAGCUUUGGCCAAUAUCCUAAUCGCUGUUGUCGUAUUCACUUUCCGUUUCUCCCCUCCGUUUGGUCUCAUCGUAUUUACUACCAUGGGUCUUUAUCUCCUUGUGACGAUCCGAUUGACCGAAUGGCGUACGAAAUUCCGACGUGAUAUGAAUGAAUUGGAUAACUAUGCUCGAUCCAAAGCGGUGGAUUCCUUGCUCAAUUUUGAAACCGUCAAAUACUAUGGAAACGAAGAUUUUGAGACCAAUCGCUACAAGGACGCUAUCAUUGAGUACCAAAAGGCUGAUUGGAAAUGCUCCAUCUCGUUGAACGUGCUCAAUCUUGCUCAGAACGCGGUGAUCACCGCUGGCCUUUUGGCAGGUAGUUUAUUGUUUGCUUGGGAAGUCUCGCAAGGUACGCUUACGUCCGGUGAUUUUGUCGCCUUCAAUAUGUAUAUGAUGCAACUGUAUACACCGUUGCAUUUCUUUGGCACCUAUUAUCGUAUGAUUCAAAUGAAUUUCAUCGAUAUGGAGAAAAUGCUUGCACUUUUCGACGAACAUCAAACUGUUCAAGAUGCACCCAAUGCUACUGAUUUGGCAGUAACGGAUGGCCGUGUCGUUUUCGACAAGGUGACAUUUGGUUACGACGAACGUCAAAUGGCGCUCAAGGAUAUUUCAUUUUCUAUUCCCAAAGGUGCAACGGUUGCCUUGGUGGGACCUUCUGGCGGAGGCAAAUCCACGAUUCUGCGUUUGCUUUUCCGUUUCUAUGAUCCUACUUCGGGUCAUAUUUAUAUUGACGGUCAGGAUAUUUCUCAAGUCAAGCAAGCAUCACUGCGGAAAAAUAUUGGCGUGGUGCCUCAGGAUACGGUGCUUUUCAACGAUACAAUUUUGUACAAUAUUCAAUACGGUGAUGUGAAUGCGCCAGAAGAUAAGGUGUACAAUGCGGCCCGAGCGGCGCAGAUUCACAACAAGAUUUUGACCUUCCCUGACGGGUAUGAAACCAAGGUUGGUGAACGCGGUCUUCGCUUGAGUGGUGGAGAAAAGCAGCGUGUCGCUAUUGCGCGUACGAUCUUGAAAGAUCCUCCGAUUAUUUUAUUGGAUGAAGCUACGAGUGCUCUGGAUACAACGACCGAACGACAUAUUCAGGACGCAUUGUCUGUGAUGACCAAAAAUCGUACCACGCUUGUGAUUGCUCAUCGUCUGUCAACUAUUGUAAACGCCGAUCUGAUUUUGGUCAUCAAAGAUGGUACGGUGGUGGAAUCCGGUAGUCACGAUGAAUUGAUAAAGCAAGCGGUUGCCAACCAUCAUCAAGGUGUCUAUUAUGAUAUGUGGCAAAAACAACUUCAUGAUGAAACGGAAAUCAUUCAAGAAGAAGGCACGGCGACGCCCGAACCGAGUACUUCCAGUUCCACUCAAGGAUCUUCCAAAAAAGUGGCGGGAAAGACCAAACAAUAA